AUGGAGUCUUUGUGGGAACUCGUUUAUUUGCUGGAACCUGCUCCAGUCACCCUCAUUUUGACAGCCAUAGCAGUGACAUUUGCAUCUGCUACUCGAGCUCUGAAUUAUGGAAAAGAAAUGGAGCGGAACCGGGACUUAUCUGAAGCAUCCAUUACAUUAGACAGUUGCCUCUGCAUCAGCUCUGUACUUCUGCUUAUCACCAUAUUAGUAUCGUGGCUUGUAUCUGGGCACUGGAUUUUGAACAACUUGUUGGAGAGAAUUUUUGGAGAAAAUGUUAUGGUAUCUGUAGCGACACAACAAGCGUCUAAUCCCGUGCACACAGUGGCAAAUGGCUUAAGUCUUCCUGGAUUGCAGUUGAUUACAAAAAAACUCGAGUUGCCGGUCAAGAUUGUCUUUCCAAGGAAUAUGCUAGGUAGUGCAAUACCUGGAAAUAGUGGCUCUGACUACAUGAUGCUAGGUCUUGGUGACAUGGCUAUUCCUUCGAUGCUUGUAGCAUUGGUUCUCUUUUUUGAUAACAGACAAAGCAAGGAUUCCAUGAGAUCCACCGAUAUACAAUCUUUGAAGGGGUUUAAGUAUUUUUGGUAUGCCCUCUCUGGAUAUGCAAUUGGACUGGUUGCUGCCUUAUCGGCUGGAAUUUUGACGCAUUCUCCUCAACCAGCACUUCUGUAUCUGGUACCGUCUACUUUGGGGCCGAUAAUCGUCAUCUCUUGGAUGAGAAAUGAGCUAGCAGAGCUGUGGGAAGGAACGACACCAAACAUAAACGAGAAAACCCAUAUAGCAGAAGUGUAA